AAAACUUACUAAGAAAAAUGACUUCAAGUGGGAGUGCUUCAACCCAUGAAAUUUAUGCUGCUCCUACAUGCAAUUGUAACAAAAUGUGUGUUAUAUACAUAUCAGGGACAACUAACAACCCUAAUAGACGUUUCUUUGGGUGUCCAUAUCUUAAUGAGAAAAACAUGCCACAUUGUAACUACUUCAUGUGGGAGGAUGAAUUCAUUGUGUUGCAAGCUAGAAUGGUUCAGCUACAAGAAACUGCGAUUAUUAAUCAUUAUGAAAGAGAAAUGGAAGUCAUGAAAAUUCAGAUGGAUAGGGUUGCGGAAGCUAAAACCAAUCAAUUGGAGAUGAAUAUAAUAGAGCGGGAUAUUGAAGUCGUGAGAUUUCAAAUGUAUGAAUCACAAGUGACGAGAAGCAAUCGAAAACCAUGUUGUACUUGUACAGUGUCAGGGCUUUUGAUUGUGGCUUUUGUUAUAUCAUUUUGGACUUGGUGGAAGUACAAAUUACAGUCUAAGUAAUAAUGUAUUAAGAUUAGAGCUGUUUUACCCUGGGCCAAAAGUAAAAAAAUUGUUGUCUAUAGGCAACGCCCGUAUACUCAAUGUAUGACAGUUUUCAUGCUUUUAGCUACACUUAUGAGGCGUUGCCAAAAGUGAAAAAUAUUGUAGAACACUUUUCUCUUCGCUUGUAGUUUUGUUUUUUCCUUUUUUGUAACGGUUUGAGUCCAUUUGUGUUGAUGGCUUGAGAUUAAGGAUCCGUUUAGCAUGAGCCAAUUCAUGUAUUGGUGCAUGUUGGACAAAUGAUGAGAAACGUUAGAUUAAGUAGACUCAUGGAUCUUAUGAUGCGUUAUCUAUAUCAAAAUAUUUUUCUCUCUCGUA